UGUCAUUCGUCGUGUGGUAUUUUUUGUGUUUGUUUUGUUUCUCGUGUGGAGUUCUUCGAACGAGUGUCAGAAGAGGAACGAGUCGCUCCGUAACGACUGCUGCCCCGUUUGUGUAGUCACCGUGAUUUUCCGAAAAACGGAUGGUGUUUCGUGUUGACUAGUAAAAACAAGGACGUGCGCGCAUCGUUACGACGACCGCUGACGAUUCGAAAAACCGUGUCGCACCCCGCGCAUCCCAAGUGUUGUCGUCGUUGUCUUCGGUGCGAGUGAAAACUAUUGGGGAUCCUCGAAGCAUUCACGACGCCUCCUGGACAACUGUGUGAACGCGUUUUCUACUCGGACGAGGGAGAUGCUGUCAUCUCGAUUCAACUGAAGCCAGCUUCAGGCGACGACGGCAACGUCGACGGAGAAAGUGAUAUCGUCGAAUUUGUGUCAACGAAAGACAUCCACGUGACACUCAGCGACAGCCAUGUCUGUGGCUUUGCCGAUGGCUUCGGAGAAGCUCGUCGGGCCCCUGCGUUGAAAAUCCACAGGUGACGACGCGCGGUGUGAGCGCGCGCAUCCGUAUAAUCGGGCUUUAUUUUAGCGAGAGAGAGAGGCGAAUCGACGCGUAAUCGCGAAAAACGCGCGCGCGCUUUCAAGUGCGCCGUUGAGAAGGCAGCGGCAACAAUGUACAGGGACGGUGAAGUGAUCCUCGAAGUGGAAUGCGGCGGCAACAAGGGACUGCUGUACCUGUCCCGCCUGUGCCAGGGCUCGAAAGGGCCGUGCAUUCUCUUCAGGGAUACCUGGCUGACCCCGAACGAGUUCCAGUACGUGAGCGGACGUGAAACGGCCAAGGACUGGAAGCGCAGCAUUCGCCACCAUGGCAAGUCGAUGAAGUUGCUGCUGGCCAAAGGCGUGCUCUCGGUGCACCCGCCGGUCUGCGACUGCUCGGGCUGCAGGAUCGGAUCGCCUCUGCAGCAGUCUUUGGGCAGCACCGUUGGCGGCCUCCGCAGCGACCGGCUCAUCUCGUGCGGAGAGGCGGCCAAGCGAGCCGGAGGCCAGAGCCCCUCGGAUGGCCACAGCCUCGCCGCUGCCUCCGCCGGCGGGGCCGACGACAACGCCGAGCUGCAGGCCUCGCUGCAGUCCUCCUCAGCAGCCGCAGCAGCAGCAGUCUCAGCAGCAGUCUCGGCCGCGGCGGCGACCGCAGCGUCGUCUCCCGCCUCGCUGUUGGCGUCGCUGAACGCCGGGGCCGCCCUGCUUGCCGCCCGGCAGUCGCAGCAGCAGCAUCAUCAGUCGCCCAACCUCCUCCUCGGGUCCGCCUUCAACGCUAUGGAAGCGGCUCGCAAACACUCCCUAGCAGACAGCGCGAGUCCAGAGCCAAAACGCGAGAGCCGCCUCACGUCCAUCAUCGACCAGCUGCUGAUCAACAAGACCAAGGACUACUUGCAGCAGUGCAGCGACCUCACGAAGAACACCAACCACCACAGCAACAGCAACGACACUUCCCAGUCGCCGGCGCUUGAUCCAGGCACGCAUAGCAGCCAGCCUUCGAGCCCGCUGUCUCGCAACUCUGCCGGCACCGGCGCCGAGAACACCGACCGGCUCGAUAGCGACGUUUCGGACCGCCUCAGCAGCAGCAUCGCCUCGGGAUCCGAGGAAGAGCCGCUCGACAAACCGGCGGCGGCGAGCAGCGGCGCGACGAGCAACGGCGGUGUCGUGGGUGUCGGUCCGGCGGCCGGCGUGACGACGGCGAGCCGACGCAAGCGGUCGUCGGCGGCUGCGUCGCAGCUCCUCCCGGUCAACGGGACGGCGCUGUUGACGCACCCGGCCAGCGACAUCAAGGUGGAGAGGCUGUCGCCCGAGUCAGACACGGCGUCGCCACAGUCUUCGCCGUCUCCGGCGCGGGUGUUCCCGCCCGGACUCGGUUUCGUGUUGGGCCUGCGGCCGGGCCUCGUGCCGGGACACCCGUUCCCACCGGGAGUCAUCGCGGCCGCGGCCGCGCAGGCUGCCGUCGACAGGCAGACGCUGGCCGCGCCGGCGCUCAAGCAGGUGGAGAUGAUGACGAGGAACUACUCGGACUUCAUGAGGUCGCUUGCUGCCAAGUACAACAACCCGACAGGACAGGACGGGUUUGGUUUUAGCCCGAGCAAUGGAGCCGCGCCUCCGGGCCUGCUUCGAGGCUUCGAGCCUCCGUUCCCUUUCAAGGCGGCGGGAACGCCUCCGUUGCCCACGUCGGGUCGCCAGAGCGCGGGCCGAGACGGAGGCGGCGGUGGUGUCAACAACAACGCCGCGUCGCAUGCGGCCAACGUCGCCGGAGGAGGCAACGACUCCGACUCCGCGGUUCACGCGACGCCCAACCACGGCCUGCCGCCCCACCACGGAGGAGGCCCCGUCGUCUCCGCAGCGCAGCCGCGCGCCACACCACCCUUGAAGCCGUCUUCGGCCACGUCCUCCCCGCCGUCUUCGCUGCUGGAGCCGCAUCGAGGAAGCGCGCCCUUCAACCUCUCGGACUUCUCGUCGUCUCAGACACUGCUGAACCUCGUGAGGACCGCGAGCGCACAGAGCGCCUCCCAACUCGAGACCUAUCUCCGCGGCGCCGUCAAGAGACCGCAUGACGGGGAGCACGCGAGGGCCGACCCCCUGGACCUGUCUCUAGGCGGCACGGCAGUCAAAAGACCCCGAUCCACGGACAGCCCGCGGUCCUCCUCAGGCUCCAAGGAAGCUGGGGAUGGUGCGCGGACGCCUCCCCGCAAACAGGCGACGUCUCCGUGGCUCUUGCAAUUGGAGGGCGCCCGGGGAGCGUCCAAGUCGCCCAAGCUGCGUUGUGGCUCCGUCUGCUCGGACCAGGCGUCGUCGUUGCAUUCGCCAUGCAGCGGCGCCGUGGGUACGACUACGACCGAGGGCGGUCAGCAGCAGCAGCAGCAGCUGGUCGCCAAGUGGACAGUCGACGAUGUGGUCCAGUUCGUCGCCUCCGUCGAGUCCUGCCAGGAGUACGCCGAGAAAUUCCGUGAGCAGUCGAUCGACGGCACGAGCCUCCCUCUGCUGACCGAGGACCACCUGACCGUCUACAUGGGCAUGCGACUCGGGCCGGCGCUCAAGCUGCGUACCACGCUGGCCAAGAUGACGGGCCGCUGCACGGUGUGUAUGCAUUGCAUCCACUGCCACGGGGAGGAGAACGACCGGCGCUCGACGUUCUCUGCGUCGCCGGCCUCGACGCCGGCAGCGACCGCCCCCGCCACGGCUUCUUCCGCGGCGGGCUCCUCCGCCGCCGCACCGCCCCCGGCACCGGGCACCCCCGUCGCGGCGAGUACGCCCCCCGCUCCCCCGUCCGCGACGCCACCCAGGGCGUCGCCAGCGCCCGCUCACUCGCCGGCGUCGAGCAAGUGAGCUUCACAAGCACGGUCUUCACGCAUGCAGCCAUUGGAAGAGAGUCCCUUUGCUCACCACCAAGUCCCCGAAAGGAAAGAAAGAUACGCGUCUGUGUGCUCAAGGACCGGAAAAAGCAUCCGUGCGCGUUGUGUGUGCGCGCGCGUGCGUUGUACACUGGCAGCUUGAGCGAACGGCGCCACCGUCUCAUCACCCUCCUGCCCAGAAGUCAGACAAGUGUCUAUCUCUCGCCCCACAACGCGAACUCAAUAAAGCACGGACUCUCUAUCUUCUCCUAUGGCUCACUCGAAAGCCGGAGGAGAAAUUCUUCUCGUCAAACCGAGACAGAAGCGGUAGCAGCGUCAGGGCUGGUGCGGCUUUUCGCUCGCUACGCGCGUCAGCGAUCUCCGUCUCAUCUCCUCCCGACCAUCGUUGCUGGCGAAGACCACACAAGUCAACGCGGCGCGUUCGCGUUGUGGAACGUUGCGUACCCCAUCCUGGCGACCUCGUGAACCACUCACUGCUUUUGUUGCCGUUGCACCCUCAAUGUUUGUGCGCGCCCUGCCUCGGACAAACUUUCUUUCCCUCACCUGUACGUCCACACAACGUCGACGGGGACCCCGCCCACAGCAGACUCCUUUCGCGGCUCAAAGACAAAGUUGAAUUGUGUGCCGGUGCGACAGGACGGGAACAGUCAGACCGACGGCGUCGCAUUUCCGGCGUGUCACUGCAGAAUGGACACUGAACUGUGCCGUUCUGUCUGCGCCGCAGUCUUGUGCGCGGGUCUCUUAUUCUUGCGGGGUUGAUGUCCCGCGCUUGUGUCGCGCAUGUUCGAACCGAUCGGUUGCAACGCACGUCCGAACCGUUCACGAGAAGGCCGCGCGCGCUGAGUGCGAGCACGUCACGAAUCCUUCUACGCGUCUUGCCCUUCCGCAGUCCUGGUACACGUAGAGGCCGAGGACGUCCACGAUGGUUUGGCGAAAGCAUCGCUCAAUCGCCUUAUUCUUUUUUUUUUUCUUAAGGCCGGGGUGAAAGUGACGGCCUUAUAAUUUAUUCAACCCGAUCUCGGAGUUAGCGAAGUUCUCACUCUCUCUCUCUCUCUCUCUAGAUAUACGUGUCCUAAGCAGCACACAAAAAGAGCCCGCUCGCGAAACUAAACGGGGGCAGAAGAGACACAAUUCCACAACCCUUUCCCGUAUCCGUUUGUCCCCCCUGUCAGGUCGCUGCGUCAACUUUGUUACGUUUCCUUUAACGCAAUGCUCAACGUUGACCAUUUCUUUAUACUGUCCCGGUGUCGCGUACGCGCUCGUCUCGUGAUCUCGCGUCGUCGUGCGAGCGUGCGCGGAAGAAGUUGAGGUUGACACAUACACACACAUACAUUGACGUCCGGGGUAUUCUCCGCGACAUCUAACGACAGGACGACUUACACUAGACUGUCCGGCACAUCGUGACUCCUCGGCAGGGGGGAUAUCAAGGCGGUAUAAUAAUACAGGAAGCUUUAUCGUAAGUCACAGGAAAUGGGAGUCUCGCGGUAUAGUUGUACGAGACCGCGCUCAGGCGAGUUGGAGAGAACAGACCCUCAGCGACGACAAGAAGUAAUAAUUUCAAUAAUUAUCAUAAUAAUAUUUACGAUGGCGAUGGUAAUAAUCCUCGCGUACGUUUCGCGUUGCUCUGUAAGGAGUGGUGACCGCAUCAUCACGCUGUGACUGCGAUAUCUUCGGGAGGCCCGGUGUCAUGCGUAACUCUGUAUACCGCGUGUGGCGGCGGGCCUGUCGCCUUCACUAUUCAUUCCACGAAGAAAAAAAAAAAAUCUCGUUUUUUUUUUUUUUGUUCUCUCUCAAUCCUUUUCUUUAUUUGCUAGUUUAUUUUCGUGUUCCUUUCGGUUUCUUAAAAAGGGUUCUACCUUCGCUCGUGAGUCAACGGUGUUAUUUUUGUUUUUUUAGUGUGUCUCUCGUGUCACGCGUGUUACACAUUCAUGAGCAUGCUUGUUAAUCCGCACGCACCUUUUUUUUUUUUUUUUUUCACGUGCAUGUGGUCGGAAAACAUCCCCCGUUCUAAGAGUUGAAGAAGAAAAAAAAAAAUGUCCUCACAUUCUCUAUAUCGUCGCACCGUUGCUCCGAGCGAUGUGCGUGCGAACUAUUCAAACGGAUCCCGUGGUUAUAAGAUGUUCGCGUCGUUUUGAAAAGUGUGAUUAUCUCAAAAAAAGAGAACCAUAUUUCACCCGCUGAUUUGUUCAUCUUAUGCGAACUGUUGAGGUGUGUCGAUGCUUUGUGUACCAUUUGCGGGGGAUCGUGUGUGUACGUGUGAGCUUCGCCUACCGCCCGUCCUUUAUGAUCCAUCAGAGCUGUGUGUUCUCAUAGGUGUCUCUCUGACAGUUUUUCUUUUUUGUACUUUUUUUUUGUAAUUCUCUUUCGCGCUUGGUGAUCUCAUUCUAGUCAUAACCGAUCCUGAAAAAUGACAUAUGUGACAUUGUUUUACGGAGCAAACGAGUGCUACUUUUUUAUGUGUGUGUGGCGAGUCGAGGUUUUAUGCUUAUUUUUCAUAUA